AUGUCAACGGCCACAUCCAGUACGAAUGAAUUGGCGUUUCUAGAGAAAAAUGUAACAGUAUCACCACUUGUUUUAUUAUCAGUGGUUGAUCAUUAUAAUCGAGUUUCCAAAGACUCUAAGAAGAGAGUUGUUGGGGUCAUCUUGGGGGACAAUUCCACAAAUACAAUAAAAGUAACCAACUCGUAUGCUAUUCCCUUUGAGGAAGACGAAAAGAAUCCAGGAGUUUGGUUUUUGGACCAUAAUUUUAUAGACUCGAUGGGUGAAAUGUUCAAGAAGAUAAAUGCAAAAGAAAAAUUGGUGGGGUGGUACCAUUCCGGCCCGAAAUUGAAACCCUCAGAUUUGAAAAUUAACGAUGUCUUUAGAAGGUAUACCCCUAACCCAUUGUUGUUGAUAGUUGAUGUAUUUCCCCGAGAAGUUGGUAUACCAACCGAUGCAUAUUUCGCCGUGGAUGAUAUCAAGAACGACGGGUCUGCAGCAGAAAAGACAUUUGUGCAUGUGCCAUCAUUAAUAGAAGCAGAAGAAGCCGAGGAAAUUGGUGUCGAGCACUUACUUCGGGAUAUUAGGGAUCCAGCGGCAGGGAACUUGUCACUAAGAGUUACUCAAACUUACCAGUCCUUAUUGGGCUUACACCAAAAAUUGAGGGAGAUUGCAAACUACUUGAACAAGGUUUAUGCAAAAGAAUUACCAAUGAACCACACCAUAUUAGGUAAGCUUCAGAAUGUUUUCAAUUUACUACCUAAUUUAGUCGAACCGCGGUCUGGAGGAGGACCAGGAUCUGAUGGGUCAACAAAUAGCGAAUUGGCUACAGCAUUCACCAUAAAAUCUAAUGACCAGUUGAUGAUAAUAUACAUAAGUACCUUGAUUAGAGCCAUUAUCGCGUUUCACGAUUUGAUCGAGAACAAAUUGGAAAAUAAGAAACUAAACGAAAAGAAGGCAUUAGAGGUAGAGCCGCCUUUGGCCGAGGACGAGAUGGAUAUAGCUGUAGAAUAG